AUGACUCGUUCUGUUUAGUUUCAGACGAUGCACAGAAGCGGAACUUUAAACGGUGUUUGGCGUUGUAUAACAGCUCCAUCGACGGAAUUUUGAAGUUAGAUUAUAUUUUAGGCUUUGUAAACUGUGCAUUUUCGACAUGAAGCUUUUUGUUAUAUGGAUGAUUUGUUUCUUUGGCUUGUCGGCUGCUUGGACGCCCCGUUUCUUCCGAGGGCGACUUAGAAAAGGAAUGGUACCACCUCCAUCCCGACCCUCCCAGCUAGCAGACAGCCCCUCGUCUGCUUUGUGGUUUAACCAGACGCUUGAUCACUUCAACGACGCCGAUACGCGAACUUUUAUGCAGCAAUAUUUCAUAAAUGACAAGUACUACAAACCUGGAGGUCCCGUGUUUCUCAGCAUUGGAGGUGAGGGUCCGGCAGAUCCCGUGUGGAUGGAAAAUGGAGCAUGGAUCCAGUAUGCACAAGACCACAAUGCUUUCUUGUUUAUGGUGGAGCACCGGUUCUAUGGCAAGACUCACCCCACAGGCAAUCUCAGUGUAGAGAACCUGGGUUACCUCACCAGUGAACAGGCAUUAGCUGAUCUCGCCAACUUCAUUACAUUUGCCCAAGUGAAGUAUAACCUGCCUGACAACAAAUGGAUUGCUAUUGGAGGAUCCUACUCAGGUGCUCUGGCUGCCUGGUUCCGUUUGAAGUACCCUCACUUGGUGCAGGGAGCAGUCGCAACAAGUGCUCCAGUGUUUGCUCAGUUGAAUUUUCUCGAAUACAUGAGCGUGGUUCAGGACUCGCUGGCCAUGAGCAGCAGCUCUUGUGUCAGCAACAUCCAGCAGGCUACCCAGCAACUUGAAAAGCUACUGAGCGAUGAAACCGGUCGUCAGCAGCUUCGCAAAAUGUUCAACCUCUGUGAUGACAUUAACAUCGCCAACUCUGAUGACAUAGCUAAUCUGUACUCUGUGCUUGCUGGUAACUUUGAGGAUGUUGUACAGUACAAUAAAGACAACCGUGCCUUUGAGGGUGCAAAAGGGACUAACAUUACUAUAGACACACUUUGCGGCAUUAUGGACACUGAUACCAAUAAGUCAGCCCUACAGCGCUAUGCCGAUGUGAACACACUUAUGCUGACAACAUAUGCAGAAAAAUGCCAGGACUUUACAUAUGCCAGCAUGAUUUCAGACUUAACCAAGAUAGACUGGGAUAGCAACACAGCAGCAGGAGGUCGACAGUGGACAUAUCAAACAUGUACAGAGUUUGGUUACUUUCAGACUUCUGAUUCAAAAAACCAGCCUUUUGGAAGUUAUUUUCCUUUGGAAUUCUUCAUUAAACAAUGUCAGGAUAUUUUUGGACCAAAGUUCAAUGCUGACUUAAUCCAGCAAGGAAUCAACUUCACAAACACAAAUUAUGGUGGUUAUAAUUUGAAGGUCACCAAUGUUGUUUUUCCUAAUGGCUCAGUGGAUCCCUGGCAUGCACUAGGAAUAGUUAAAGACCUGAGCCCAAAUGCCACGGCCAUCUUCAUUGAUGGUACUGCACACUGUGCCAACAUGUACCCAGCAACCCCAGAUGAUCCACCACAGCUUGUACAGGCACGACUGACAAUCAGCAAAUUGAUUGGCCAGUGGGUGGCAUAGUGAUUGAGAAACACUUCAGUGAAGGUCUUGCAUGUGGCUUUGGUAACUGUAAGUGAAGAGUGUCUGGGAGUAGUGCAGAGAACAUCUGCAUCUGCUGCAACAAUCUCUGCUGAACAUGAUAGCUGAAACUGGCAUGAUACAUGGAUAGGUGGUGGUGAUGUUAGAGACUGUGUUCUUGUUGUCUGGUUCAGACUGAAAGAGGAAAGAGUGUGCUCAAGAUUUGUUCCAAAAAUUGUUUGAUUUGUACAUAAAACGAGAAGCUGAUGCUCUUGUUUGGAUCUUGAGCUUUAAAUGUCUUCAGCAUGGUGGUCAGUCUCAAAACAUUCCAAUUUCUUUUUUCUUUCCAUUUAAGAUCACUUUCAAACUCAGUCGUUUGUGUUCUUAAGCUGGAUGUAUAGCUAAAAACUUGAAGAAAUGGUCACAUGUAACUUCUGUGUGGUCACUUGGCUGUUGGUCCCAGCGGUUCCACUUGUGUGGCUUAUUUCACCUCUCACUGUGUGAAGUACUGUCAUACCUCAGCAGAUGGGUGAUGUGCUCUGUUUGAAAUUUAUCAUAUGGUUUUCAUGAGGAGAGCUUUAUAACAUUUAAAUACCAUGUACUGAAUUUCAAAUAUAUAAUUUUGAGUGUCAAAGUAUUACCUCAGCUCAGCUGCCAUAUUUUUGCAAUAUUUUUUGUGAAUGUUUGACAAAAUCCUUUGUCAAUGAAUUCAACAAGUAUGACAGGUAACAUUUCAUUGUUGCCAGAAGACUGAUUUCAUAUGCAUGUUUGUAGAACCUAUGUCCAUCACUUUGUACAAAAUGUAACUUUUUUGCUUGUUAUUUAAAAAAAAACAAGUAAGAAUGUAUGAACAUAAAUUUAUUUUAAGUAAAUAAAAAUUUCUAAGUAUU